AUGGAUUAUCUGUUUUGGAGGAAGAAUAGCAUCAUCGAGCCAGAACGAGACAGAGAUCCUUAUCCCUGGAUACUAUGGUAUAUUUGGAAGGCUAGAAAUGACAAACUCUUCAGAGGAAUAGAUAGAGAUCCAUUGGAGCUAGUUCGACACGCAGAGAGUGAAUGUCAAGCAUGGUUUGAUGCUAACGAAGCGGUACAACCAGUGUUACAACCAGUGGUUCAAGCUAAUAUCCCUGAGAUAGUCCAAGUCAUACGUUUGGGUAAUAUAUGCUUGCUAGAUGGAUCUUGGACAUCUUCUGCUCACUUUAGUGGAUGCGGCUGGGUAUGGAUGGACAGUGCUGAGAAUAUUCAACUUAUGGGAACAAAGAAUUUCACUCGACGUGAAUAA